AGGGAAGGUGGGGGCAGCGGUUUGCGGACGGGAAUUGGUUGGAGAAGCGGGAACUAAAGGUAACGAGCCGCCGGGGGCACGAGAAGGAAGAAAAAUUUUAAAAAUAAUAGUAAUAAGGAAAAGAAAUAGGGUGGGGAGAAGAUGAGGAGGCCAGGCUGUGGAGGGCUGACCGUUACUCGGGAAGGCGGCAGGGGAGCCGGCCGGGGGGAGCAGGGCCCGGCCGGCUGCAGCCCCCGGCACUGCGGGAGCUGGGCCGUUCUGGGCCGCACGGGGCGGGGAACGCGGGCCCCCGGGCAGCCCGUGGUGCUGUGUGGUGCUGCGGCGGAGCGGAGGCCCUAGUCCCUACGUAGCUCUCGUUUCUUGCUGGGGAAGUUGAAGCCUGGGCGCAGCCCUACAGCUGAGGAGUGAGGCGAGCGGUUCCUGCGCUGCUUCACAGCGAGGUUUGCUCUGCAUAGGGCUGUUUUGGAAUGCAGUGCUGUCAGUAAAUAAAGAGAGAAACUCUAAUGCAGUUUCAUGGGAGGCUUGCCAUCUUGUUUUUCCUGUUAUUAGGCCCUACAUUUAAAAAUAUAUAUAUAUAGUAUUAGACAACAAUAGAGUUCUAAUUGUAUGAAGUGGUCUUGUUCUGAAACUUGCUGCCGUUUUCUGUUUGUUGAUUGGGAAAUUACUGGUUAUCCCUGCUGCCCACCCGCACAACACAAAGAUUCAACCCAAAUUUCAAUGUAGGAUCCUGUGAGGAUCUCCUCAGUUUUCUAGAUACUAGAGACAUGUGACUUCAUCUCCUACAGCUCUUUGCAGUAAUGUUAUUACUCAGAACAAUUUACCUUUUACAUGUUAGCCUUGGAGCCUUUUAAGGGCAUAACUAGAGAGGCAAAUAACUAAUGACAGACCAUUACCUUGCAAUGAAACAGAAGUUGACUUGCACAGAAAUAUCGCAGCACAGAUUCAGUCAAAAUAUUAGUUUUCCUUAUUUUAGACCUUAUUUUUAACAUUAGUGAAAUUUAUUAAUAGGCUGGAGAAAUCUACUCCAAAGUCCAAAUCAGCUGUAACUCACUCAAAUUUGUAUUAACAUAAGAGUAAAACUGAAAUAUGCAGUAAUCCCAAAGGUAGCCUAUCAGAAUCCCAAAGACCAUAUUGCUUUAGAGCACAACUUCCUGCAUGUGCAUGCCUUCUGGGAACCUUCCUCCCUAUUUGGUAAGAAGCUUAUGUCAGUUGAGAAAGAUGCUACUGGAGUUUGUUUUCAUUUGCAUCUACUUUAUGAAAACCAUUGCCAUUUCCUGUUUAUCUGUAAUGUUCUUGAAUAGGAAGAAUUCAGGUUUUGUUCAUGACUAUGUAGUACGCUCAUCUUCUCUUAAAAGUAAUUACACAAUUUUAAAAAUUGCAGAUAGUUGCUUUAGUGGAGCUGUGGAAUUCCCAUUUUUACUUAAAUCUACGGUGCCUUAAUCUUCCACUCUGGUAAACUAUAGUUUUGUGGAAACAAUGGUUUAAAACUUUCCCUCUGUGUUUUGGGGUAUUUGUCUCUAUUCUCCAUAAUACAUAGAAGAUUUGGGGGAGGAUGGGAUGGGCAGAGCUGCACUUGCUCAAAGGUAUCUGAAUUAAACAUGAAGCAAUAGCAGAUAAAGCCAGCCUUUCUUUAUAUUUAGAGGAUGUUUAAGGGUGCAUCACAACUGAUACUGUAACAAAGCUGCAAGUUCUUAAUUUCUGCCAAUUUGGGUUCCAGUUCUAAUCCCUAUUAACGUUUGUUUGGAUGAGUCAUAGGGAAAAGCAUGUUUUGAAAGUGCUUAACAGCUUGAAAAUAGUGUAACAGUCUGAGUAAGUAAAACCUGUAGUGGGUUAUCUGGGAAGAAAAAAAAAAGAGAGAGAAAAACAGCUAGAGAGAGACUGAUGGGAUGGUAGUAAAUAGGGAAUUACCUGCUAAUAAGCAUAAAAUUAGCAGCUUUAUAAACUUCCCAUGAUUUCUCCAAAGUCACUUCAGAUUUUUGCUUAUCAGGGCUGGCUGGGUGGAGGAUAUUGUUCAGGUGUGGGAGUGCUGGCAUGGAGAACAUUGGUGAUGAGAGAGUGGAAGGUUUGUGUUAGGAAAUAUGGAUAAUGUGACCUUUGGUCAGCAUGGUGCAGCAAAGGAACAUGAAUGAGUGGUUGAUAUCUUCAGUAAACUCUCUGAUGCUUCUAACUUCAGUUCCUAUAACAGAGUGUAAAUCCUUGUUCCAACAGGUCAGCCUACAAUAUUACACUGUAAGAAACUUUUUAAUUUUUUCCUUUAUGUUCCACCUGGGUAAUUACUAAUUCUUACUACUUAUAAUUAUUUUUAUUUUUUUUCUAAAGGCAGACGAUCCAUCCCUUUGAUACAUGAAAAUUACAUGAAUGAGGGAAUAAUGAAGAAGGGGAAAAAAUAACCAACAGGUUUUAAAAUGGGGAAAGGGAGGAGAAACUCAAUUUAUGGUUGGUAUCACAGAUGUGAGUAGUUUGUAGAAGCCAAAGGGUAGUGCAAUGUAAUGCUGUGGAGAUGAGGAAGCUACUGAGUGCUUUUCUUACCUGGGGAAUAUUGCUUAUCAUGUUAUUUUGCUUUGCUGUGUUUAUAGGGAAAUAUUGGGGAUAAUGCUAGCAUUGUUCUGUAACUGCAGUAUUAUCCCAUUUUUACUAUUUAAAACUACAAGUAUUCUUAUCCCCAAAGCUUCUGGGACCAAAAAAUAGUCUUAAGAAAUGUUAUUUUGAUCAUUGUAAUGCUGUCCAAUGAAAUUAAUGCUAUCUAAGCUGUUAGCAGUAGACAGUGGAAAGAAUUAGCUAUCUACAAACAUACCUAGAAGUAAGCGCUGAUCAAAGCAUGCUGGCUUCCCUGGUACAGCAAGCUAUUGUACAAAGGUAGUUCUUGCCUGGGCAUAUGUAGUUCAUCUGUACAAAGGUGAAGCUAUUGGUGGAGGUUAACAAAAUAUACCUCUUAGUAAGGCAAACAGUGUAAUUCUGUGGUCAUUUUAAUUUACCACAAAUGUAGGCUGCUGCUGGAGGGUCAACCUGCCCACAUUACCUCUGUCUGCAAGUUCCUCAUCUUUCACUUGUGCUGGUGCUAACGUUUGUGGCAACACACAAAUCCGUUCUUGUUGCUAUUGGGUGGGCUUUCAUCUGGAUGCAUUCUGGCACUGAUUCACUGUCUAACUGAAAGUCAGUGGAGAUGUGCCAUUGGAAAGAGCAGGCCAGUUCUCUCAGUGCUCCUCAUAUCAGGAAUCCCAGACUAGAGAUGAUCGCAGUGUAGUGUAAUGAGUUUGCCCUGUCCCAGUUAACAAUUCUAUAUGCUUUCCAGAUCAGGAUUUGCUUGCAUCUGCCCUGAUAGGAGGAUGAGGAGAGAAUUUGUUAACCAUUGUCCACUUGUGUAGCUGUACUCUGUGAGGGCCUGGUGAAGCUAGUAAAAGAUGAAACUCAAAGGACAAAAGGUUUUUGUAAAUACCUGUGCCCUUGAAGGCAGUAGGGCCUCACUGUGGCAUGUUAAAAACAUUGCCUUCCUGUGCUCAGGGAGCAGAUCUCUGAAUGUAGUUUUUGGGUCAGUUCUGCUGCUGUUGCUUGCAAACCUGCUUAUCCUAUAUUUAAAUUGCAGACGACUUUAACUGCAGUCUGUCUGCUGUUCUGUACUUGUGCAUAGCCUAUGCUAAUAAGGCUCAGACUUAUGGCAUGAAUUGUUGUUAUGAUGAUUAUUUCUUGGCAUGGGAUGAUCAAGGCCACAGAACCAGUCAUGGGGCAGUGUUGCCUAAAUUUGCUGUUUCUUCAGAACUCUUGGACUUCUAUGAGUCAGUUAAGAUGGGCUAUUGUGCAAUACUGCCAUGGGUAACCAUGCAUUGUAGCAUCACAGCCCUCCCUGAUAACCCAUCUACAGUUGGCGAAGUUCAUUUUCAUUUGUUAUCAUAACGAAGCCUGCAACUCAUGUUUUUAAUACCUCCCAAGAUGGACAGGCUUUAAAAAAAAAAAAAAAAAAAAAUCUGAUCUAAAUAUUACUUUCAGGUUUCCUUUAGAAAAUGUAGUUGUCUUUGAAUGAUGUACUUACAUAGACCACUGUGUCAAAAUUACGGUUAAUUAGGUGUUUACAUAGUGAAAUAAUCAAUAGUAGGAUCUUCUGUAUGUAGGCAUAUAAUUAAUUUUCUGUUGCUAAUUACUGGAGGCUGGAAAUCCUCUCACCCUCAAAUUCUUGAUUAAGUGACUUUUUUUUUUUUAAAUGAAUGAGGCAUAUUAAAGUUUUAGCAAAAAUACCUGUAAUUUGACUGUGUUGAGCUCUAAGCUUUUAUUAGCUGUCUCUUGUAAGAGUUGUUUGUAGAUUUUUUUUCUUUGUGUGUACCUGUGUUUAGACAGUUACAAGUGACUGGAAACCACGUGGGACAUUUGGUAUUCUCCAUUCUUACAGAAAAAGAUGUAUUGUGCCACAUAAAUAAGCUCUUGUGUUUAGCUCAAUUGUUUUCUGCUUCCUCAGAUUAACUGUGGAGCAGCUGUAUCCAUAAGAGGUGCAUAUUAUAGGUUUUUCUCAUAUUUAAUUUCAAUUUUUAAUAUAGUAUGCCAGUAUCUGCAACUUAUGUAUGCUUUCAGAAGAGAUGAGUUGUCCUGUAUUUGUUAACAGAACAAAUAUAAAGUUCAGUGACUGGUUUAUAACUAGUGUAAGAAAGGCGAGACUAGUCACAAACCUGAAUGCUUACAAUUUAAUCUGUAAAACUGUCUUUCAGCCUUGCUUAUCCAAGCCAGAAAAAUAGUGUAUUGUGCCCGAAGUUGAGUGGAAAUUUUACUGGUGUUUACUUAAAAAUACAAAUAUUUAUGAUUCCAGGUUUGAAUGCCUUUUGUCUACCUUUUUAGGAAACUGUUUUCAGAACUGUUUUUGUUAUGUCAUAUAAAAUUGGUAGGAGCCGCAUUGAAAACUCCCUUUUUUGUUUUACUUUUCUGAAAGUAGCUGCAAAACCUCUUGAUUAAAGGAAAAAGAUUUCCUGAUUUCAUUUCUGGUCCUGUAAAGAGUGUAGAUUUAUUUUGCAGUAGCUUAUUCAGGAGGGCUUUUCUCAUGCAAGGGACAUUCUGUAGUGUCAGUACUGUCUCUAGGAUAUUCCUUCAGAAGUUGCCUUGAUAUUGUGAGCAAAAUCAUGAAUGUGCAAAGCGAUUGCAGUGUUGUUACUUUUUUAAAAACAAAGAAAAAAAACAACCUCUAACUAUAGGUGGACAAUAAGGGGAAGAUUCUCAACGAAGAAUACAGUUAUACUGUUUAAUAAAAUAGAAAAUGAAAGUAAGGGUUGAGAUUAUAUCAAACAGAUCUGUUAUAUCAAACAGUUCAAAGAUGUGAUGUAGACAGUGUUCCACAUCUCUUCUGAGCUCCUCACUACAAGAAGGACACUGAAGCCCUGGAGCAUGCCCAAAGAGGGGGCAACAAAGCUGGUGAAGGGGCUGUAGCACAAGCCUCCUGAGGAGCUGUUUAGGGAACUGUUGAAGUUGUAGGGAGACCUAAUUGCUCUCUACAACUACCUGAAAAGAGAUUGUGGCAAGGUGGGAAUCGGCCUCUUUUCCCAGGUAACUAGCAGUAGGACAAGAAGUUAUGUAUUUAAGUUGCACUAGGGAAGAUUCAGGUUGGUUGAUUUGGAAAAAUUUAUUCACAGAAAGAAUGGUGAGGUACAGGUUGCCCAGGGAGGCAGGGGGGUCACCAUCCAUAGAGGUGUUUAAGAAAUGUAUAGAUGUGGCACAGAGUGACAUGGUUUAGUGGGCAUGGUGGUGGUGGGUUGAUAGUUGGCCUAGAUGAUUUUAGUAGUAUUCUCCAACCUUUAUGAUUCUAUGAUGAUUAGCCUUCAUCAGUGGCUUACAAUAGGCAGGACUUCUGCAGUGAGGCAGAAGAGGUCUGGAGGUGGGAUGAAGAAAAUGAACAAGUAUGCUUUGCUGAUCCUGUCCUGGCUCUGUGGCAGCCGGUGAGGUCAGCGGUUGCUGAUUUUCUUUAGCAAGACAGGGAGAGAAGAGAUAGGGAAUCACUUUCUCUGCCAGCAUCAAGCUGAGUCAGUAGAAGAGCAGAGCCAGGGACUGCUGCAGAUCUUUUCAAAACCAUCUGCUUUUACCACCUGUUAUUGCUUAUUCACCAAUACAUGGUCUUAUUUGGAAUUAGUAUUAAAAAUCUUUAGGUAUAAAACUAAAUACAUUUCUUCUGAAGUUCCUUCAUGAUAUGUUUGUAGUUCUCCUGGAGAUCUAGAGAAGUAUUUGCUCUCUGUAGGGGGAGAGAACUCGCAUUUCCAACAUAAAAUGCUUUCUGAUGUUGUUCAUACUGUGGGCAGGACUGAUGUUGGUUAUCAGCUGAUCUGAAAUGGAUUAUAUGAUUCAAUUCUGUUUAAAAAUAACUUAAAGGACAAUUUCUGAGGGUGAAGCUUUGUUACACAAGCAGUCCUUAGCAAAACUUCCAUUGCAUGCAGUGACAUCAGCUACUUCAUUGCUUCUAGCUUUAUGCUGUGGGAACAUCACAGGCUAGGGACUGCUUCUAGAUUUCCUUUGGUUACUGAGUUGAAUGUCAGUGCCCUAAAGUCCCUGAGUUCUUCGUUGGACGAAAAAAAAAAAAUUUGGAGAAACUGUCUCUGCAGAUCAUUACCAAGACACUCAGACCCUCACAUAGUCACAUUUCUAAAUUGAAUGUGAUGGAAUUGUACCUUUAGACAUCCCUUGUUUCACAUAUAUGCAGUCUCACUGCUUUACUUCUGAUGCUGCAGAAUUUGCUUGUGUUUCUGACAAGAUCUCUGUAUAUGCAAACCCAGAACUCUGAUAGCCACAUAGUCUAAUGUUGCAUUCACUAAAUCUACUUCUAUAAACUACAGCUGGGCUUUUCAGGGUAUAGCUGUUUUCAUGCCCCAUGAUCUUUUCUCCAGUAAUGUACAUAUGUUAUUGCUUUGUUGUUUUCCUAUGGAGUCCCUCAGUUUGCCAUUUGUAGGGAGAAAUGAAAGGCCAAAUCAAAAUGUUAUAGACGUUGAAUGACUGUCUUCUACUGGUGACCUCUUCCAAGUGCCCAUUGCUUUUAUCUCUAUUAGAUACUCCAGAACAAGCUGAGUGUCCUUAUACCCAACUAGUGUGGCACAGAGUGCCAGUGAUACUCCCUGCCUUUUCAUAUGAAAUGAUCUUGGCAACACUGUUACAAAGAGGACUUGGAGCACAGAGAUAUCAGGGUGUUUGUGCCAUGCUCUGUUGUAUACCUCAACCCAAUCAUUAGAUCUUGUGCAUAAAUACAAUAGCAAACCUGUGAAUUCAGUGAAAAACCUUCAGAGUUCUUUAGGUAGCUAGUGCUGUUAACCAUAAAACCAUGUCUAGCUGUAUUUCUGAGUUGUCUUCAUUCUUAUGUUUCUGUUCAGUUGCUACUGCCUUCCCCACGCAUUCUCAAAGCAGCCAGUGGUUUGUUACAUAUGCCUGAAUUCAAAGUUUUAGGGAAUGCUGAAACUCCUAAAUAACAUAUUGAUUUGAUGGGAGAUGUUGGAUCGUGAUGUAUGUCUUGGCUAAUAUUUUUUUCAUUUCCUGUAUUUCCUAACCACUGUGUUUUCUCCCAGGCAUUUUGUUUUGUCCUUUUGCCUCAUUCUACCGUCUAGCUCACAGAGAAGAUGGGGAGUCUGUGUUCUUAAGACUGGUUUUGUCUGAGAUGUGUGGCUUCAUCUUCAUUUUGGCCUGUUGCUGAUCCAUCAUUGCUAUGUGAUGUCUGGAAACAGCUAACUAUGUAUUAACAACUGUGACUGAAUAGAAUUUAACCCCUCUUCACCAUGUUCUGAAGCUGUUUUAUAUUUAUAGUAAAAACAAUGCUUGACAGGCAUGUGUCUCAAAUCCUGUGCCUUCCUAUUUGCUACAGGUCUGAGUUAGCUGAUAGGCCAAGAAGAAAUGCUUUUUCUUCUGGGUACUGCUGUUUCCCAUACAUAAGACAUUGAGUGUUUUCUCCAGCUUUUCUAAUGAAUUUUUGUACUGGGCCAUAUACAAAGUAAGAUUCAAGCAAUUCUUUAUUUGUAGAGGGUAAGGCUGAAAGGUCUUUCGUGUGAAAGCCUAAUGCUUUGUCAAGCUCAGGGGUUUUCAAGAACUGAUUAGACACUACUUACUACUGAUGAACUUUUUUUGGCAUGCAGGUCAGGGAUCAGAUAAUUCCAAGAUGAUGAAAUAAUAUCCUGUAUUUAAGUACAAGAUCUCUGGACUCUAAUCAGCAAUGAUACUGGUAAACCAAGCACACAUGCAGAAGCAAACUCUGGUUUGGCAACAGGGCAAUAACUAUACAAAUCUGCUUUAGCUGCUCAUACUGUGGCAGUGUAAGUAUGUGGAGAGGUCAUAGUUCUAUAGUUCCUCUCAGAAGGCCUAUGCCUGUUAUUGUUACAUUACUAUAGUUUUUUUUCAAAUAGUGUGUGGCUGUAUAUUUAAUUCUGAACACUUUUCUGUCAUGCUUUCUGAAAGGCUAGAUUUCCCUCAGACCUGAUGUGAGGGAGGAUGGAUUUCUUUGUGACUCUCUGCUUUGCUCCUAAAUUUGAAUACAGUUGAGUACUUUGCUCCUAAAGAUGAAUACAGUUUUAAACUCUCUUUAUUAAAGGCUGUAGGCUAGCACAUCUAACUCUCCAUAGUUCGCCUUAAGAUUUGGAUAGUCAUGUUGAUAAGUAAAAAGAUAAUAUUCAAUGCCACAGUUUCCAUCGUUGACUGAGUCCUUGAAGAUGAGGAAGUUAUUGCCUUCUGAAGCAAAAUAAUUUAUAUUUAACAAGAAACAAGGUCUGUAUUUCUCACUAACAUUUAAUUCCCAUGGCACUGUGGUGUAUGAAAAGCUGGUCAUGAGCCUGCAGUGUGAACUUGCAGCCCAGAAGGCCAACAGUGUCCUGGGCUGCAUCAAAAGAGGAGUGGUCAGCAGGGCAAAGGAUGUUCCUCCUCAACUCUGCCCUUGUGAGGCCCCAUCUGGAGUAUCGCAUCCAUGCCUGGGGCCUCAGCAUAACAAAGAUGUGGAGCUGUUGAAGCAGGUCCAGAGGAGGGCCACAAAGAGGAUCAAGGGCACCUCUGUGUAGAAAGGUUAAGGAAGUUGGUCUCAUUUAGCUUAGAGAAGAGAAGACUUUGGGGAGACCUCACUGUGGCCUGUCAGUACUUGAAGAGAGCUUACCUGUGGUAAGGGUGGUAGCCAACAUUUACACUCCCAAAUAGUGAUAGGACAAGGGAGAAUGUCUUUAAACUGAAAGAGGGAAAAGGGUUAGAUGUUAGGGUUAGAUGUUAGGGUUAGAUGUUAGGAAAAUACCUUUACUCAGAGAGUGGCGAGGCACCUGAACAGGUUGUCCAGAGAAUUUGUGGAUGCUCCAUUCCUGGAGGCAUUCAAGGCCAGGCUAGAUGGGGUUCUGGGCAGCCUGAUCUGUGGUUGGCAACACUGGCCAUGGCAGGGAAGUCAGAACUAGACAAUCCUUAAGGUGUUUAGGUGUUUUCCUACCCAAACCAGUCUGAUUCUAUGCAGCUCUUAUUCUGGAAUAUGAAGUGAAGUAAUCAGGAGCUCUUCAUAUUACACAAAAUGACUGAAUUUUCACAGAGUGUCCCAUAAGUAGCUGUUAUGUUUUCUGUACAGUACAAUGCUGAAAUCUUACAAAAUCAGAACAUUUCAUUUUCACCAACAGAGGUAUUAUAUGCCGUUGAUACUUGUUUUGAAGUCAGAAUGUUCAGGAAGAUUAAGGCCACGAAAGUAUGUUGAGAAUAAGUGUAAAUCUGUGAUGAAAAGAUCGUAUUUUAUUGCCUUAUCUUUUAAAAAGCCAUUCUUCCCGUACUUUCUUCUUUCAAAUGCAAGUAAUAAUCUCUGGAGUGAGGGGAAGUGGAAAUCAGGUAAAUGUGCUAGAUUUCAAGUCACAGAUACAGAGGACUGCUAUAUCCUCAGUGAGGAGAAAGAUGGUGCUUUGCAUCUGUUUUCUACUUCACUGGGAAAAAUAACUAUACACUUUAACACAGUAUAAAUGCAUUGUAUUAACACAUACUGCAAGGAUUAGUGUUUACAGACCUUAUGCUGCAUAAAGGGCUUGCCAUCUCUUGUUCUAACUUAGUACUGAUUGUUGGUAACAGCACAGCUGGGAUUUGUUUUUAGACAUCUGGAAGGCAAUGUCGUAGUGAAUAUCUGGGUCCUAUCAUAUCUUGACUCAGAAGCAACUGGUGAUGUAUCUUCAACAGAUUGAGGUCCCUCAUAAAUUAGGUUUAAAAGGAUAUGUAGCAGUUGUGUAGUGUACAUUUAGGAAGCUUACCUCACGAGUUCAUUACGACAGUGAAGGGGACUCUCUAGUGGAUUUCCUUCCUUCCCUUAAAGAUGCUACAUCCUUGCAGAAUCCAAAUGUAGCCUAGUAAUUUUACUCCUGCUAGGCAAGUAUGAGCUCAUAUGUUAGAAUGGUUAACUAUUUUGUUUCUUCAUUUGAAGAUACUGCUAAGGGAUGAUCAAAAGUUCUCUCUUUCCUUGCGUGUAUUUCUAGGCUCUCUGUUCUGCAAUAUGCAUUAUUGCUCUAGUGAUCUAAAGAUUUUGCUUCUCUUCUUUCCAGUAUCACUGGCUGCUUGUGAGAGGUACUUAUUGCUAGAUGGUUGGCCAUUAAGACUGAGGUAGGAGUGCUUUGAUGUUGUAAAAGGGUAAGAUGAGGAUAAAUACCAUUUUCUUAGAGCCCAACUGGCAUGGAACUGAAUGUGCAAGGAAGAGAUGACCUUUCUUGCAAUGUGGCCUAGCAAGUGAGGGGCACAAUACGUUUCUAUUCCAAAUGUGAUUUUUGUACAGAAACAAAGACUAUCUGUAGGAAAAUAAUCUAGCAGUGUUGCACAGCAAGUGAAGAAUACUUUAUUCUUAAGAAAUACUUAGAAAAGCUGAUUGUAUUCAUAUCCAUCAGAAUGGAUAGGAUUUAUCUUAGGAUGCUGAGACAUGGGUGAUGCAAUUGCAGUGCAACUUUUUUAUGAAACAAGAUGCCAGAGAAGGUUAGAAGGUUAGAAAAAGGCUAUAAUUUCAUUCAUUUUUAAGAAGAGUAAGAAGGAGAAGCUGAGGAACUACAGGACAGUCGGCCUUAUCUUAUCGGCCUUAUUAUACCACCUCUAGAAAUACUGUGAAAAUCUGUCUGUACUGUGAAAUACUAGAAGUACUGUGAAAUCUGCCUGUAAAUUUUUUUCCAAAUGUGAAGGAUGAGAAUGUCAUUGGGAACAGUCAACCCAGGUAUACCAAGGACAAGUCAUGCUUGAGCAAUAUGAGUGCAAUUGAAUGACCGACUAUGCAGAUGAGGGGACAUCAGUGGAUAUAGCAUUCCCAGACUUCAGUGGGAUGUAUUCACUAAGGAAGGUUUGGAAUAAUUAAUUAGAAGUAUGAGUUGUUGGAUAGACUGAACAUUACCUGGAUGUCUGGAUUCAAAAGGUAGCCAUCAGUUGCUCUCUUGUCUCAUUGUUGUCACCAACAACAAUUGGCCUAUGAGGGAUUAGUCAGUACUGUUGUAUCUGACAAUUAUCUAGAUGGUAAGAUAGAAUGUGCAUUAUUAAAAUUUGUAGGUCAUGUUGUGGAGGCAGGAGAGAGUUUAAUAAAUCAAGUGGUAGAAAUUUAUCUGGUCUUUGAGAAACCUGACCUCUGUAACAACAGAAAUUUCAUGAAAUUCAACAAGAAUAAACUUUGUGCCCAUGUGGACUAGCUAUACAUUUUUUCAGCAGGGAGUGAAGACUUCUAACAUGUUACCCAGGAAGGCAGUGGAAUUUCUUCUUGGAAAUCUACAAGGCUCACUGGUCUGAAUUGUGGAUGUGGAUAUUCAAGCACUGGCAAAAGUCCCUUUUCAUACAGAACUCUGAGGUACCUCCUGCAGGAAGCUAAAGGCAGAGCAGAAGAAGGAAGCACCAUGUCUUCAGUCUCAGCUUAUUACAAUGGAAAGACUGUACUUAUCACAGGAGCUACAGGUUUCAUGGGCAAAGUGCUGGUGGAAAAGCUUCUGCGCUCCAGCCCUGACGUGAAAGCAGUUUAUAUACUGGUAAGGCCAAAAGCUGGACAGUCAAUGCAAGAGAGAGUGGCCAACAUGUUGAAAUGCAAGGUCUUUGACAGGGUUCGAGAAGAUUGCCCUAAUUUCCAUGAGAAGAUUAAGCCUAUUAAUGCUGAACUCACUCAGCCCAAGUUGGCCAUCAGUGCUGAAGAUGAGGAGGAGCUUCUGACCCGGGUCAACAUUGUCUUCCACUGUGCAGCAACAGUACGCUUUGAUGAACCCCUAAAACAUGCCUUGCAACUGAAUGCAAUGGGUACACAGAGGCUUUUAGAACUGGCCCAGCAGAUGCAGAAGUUGGAAGCUUUCAUCCACAUCUCCACUGCCUAUGCAAACUGCGUGCGGAAAUGCAUAGAUGAAAUCAUCUACCCACCUCCAGCUGAACCCAAGAAGCUUUUUGAUUUAGUAGAGUGGUUGGAUGAAUCUAUCAUUCAAGACAUCACACCCAAGCUGCUUGGGGACUGGCCCAACACUUACACCUACACCAAAGCCUUGUCCGAAUACCUAAUUCAGCAAGAGAAAGGAAAUUUGAACAUCGCUAUCAUCAGGCCAUCCAUCGUGGGAGCUAGUUGGCACGAGCCUUUUCCAGGUUGGAUUGACAGCUUCAAUGGGACAAGUGGAAUAUUUGUUGCGGCGGGAAAGGGAAUUCUAAGGACCGUCAUUGCUAACAACGAAGCGGUGGCUGAUAUGAUUCCAGUUGACGUUGUCAUCAACCUCACCCUUGCAGCGGGGUGGUACACUGCUGUGCACAGACCAAAAAACAUGUUGGUAUACAACUGUACAACAGGUGGAAUCAAUCCUUUCUUCUGGGGAGAAAUGGAGCAGUAUGUCAUGUCCACAUUCAAAAGAAACCCACUGGAACAGGCCUUCAGAACACCCAACGCUCACUUGACAUCCAACUACUUAAUAAACCAGUACUGGAUAACUGUUAGCCACAAGGCUCCUGCCAUACUCUAUGACCUGUACAUGAGGCUCACAGGAAGAAAGCCCAGAAUGAUGAAGAUUAUCAAUCGACUGCACAAGUCUAUGAUGCUCCUGCAGUAUUUCUCCACCCAGUCUUGGGAUUGGUCUUCAGAUAAUAUGAAUAUGUUAAUGGGUCAGCUUAACACAGAGGACAAAAAGUUAUACAACUUUGAUGUUCGUCAGCUGCAUUGGUCAGAAUACAUUGAAAGCUAUUGCCUAGGUGCUAAGAAGUAUUUACUAAAUGAGGACAUGUCUGGCAUCCCUGCAGCAAAGCAGCACUUACGAAAACUAAGGAAUAUCCGGUAUGCAUUUAACACCACCCUCCUCGUGAUCAUCUGGCGCAUUUUCAUCGCAAGGUCACAGAUGGCUCGAAACAUCUGGUACUUUGUGGUAAGCCUCUGCUACAAGUUCCUUUCCUACUUCAGGGCAUCCAGCACCCUCAGGCACUGAAGCUGUCCAUCAACAACCAGCCUCUUCCAGGAGGACCUCCAAUCCCCUCUAACCAGCAACUAUGGGCAUCAGAAUCUGAAAGUAGCAGAAAAAUCCACUCCCUCCAACUGCAACCUGCAUUUAUUGUGCACUGAUAUGUGUUCACCUUUUUAGUUUUAACCAACGCUUUAAUAUAUGGUGGUAUUUGUUCCAUACAACCAGACUGAUUUUUAAAACCAUAAAGCUUUAGGAACAGAUGAAGAUGUAAUCUUUUAUUGAAAGUUCAUUGUGCAAGAGUAAAGAUUAACCAAAGUUGCAGUCUUCCCAUGUACUACCUAUUUUAGACUAUUCUAAUCCCAUCCUCCUCCAUAAAAAGAGGCAGAUUUAAAACACAGAACCUUGGAAGAAAAGAAUGCCAGAGAAGAACCAGUCAAGGAAAUUAACCUUUAAGAGGUCUUCCUUAAGAGGCUAUUUAUUCCUUUAUUCUCAUUCAGAAGUUUUACAUUUUCCAUUUUUCAAAACCUAGAGGGGAAAAAAAAGCAUCAGUUACACUAGGCCAGUGAACACACUGAACAGUUUUCAGAUCUUGUCUUAUAUUCCUACUGAGGACUGAUACUUUCAAGCCAUAACUGAAGACACAAAGAGAAUUUAUGUACCUGUGCUAAUUGUACUUAUUCACAUGCUGCUUUCUUAUGGAGAAGCAUUUUUUCUCUCAUUGGUUAAGGUUGCAGUUAUCUUCCAUUAAACAGACUUGUUCUUGCAUUUAUCACUUUUGCUUGGAACAUUUCUUCAGCUUGAAAAAUACUCUAUUUACUCUGAGGAUAUAGAGAAUACCUAAAAGAUUGAAGAAAAUUCAGAAACUCAUUAUUUUUGAGAAGUAGGUCCUUUUCUCCAUUCCAUUUGCCUCCCUGUAGCUCAAAAGCAAACUGAUACUGUCCUUCAGGAUCUCACUACAGCUAAGUCACUUCACAGUUGAUCACUUCAACUGAUAAAAAAAAUAUGUAGACAUGCACGGGAGGAAAUCUUACCAAUCAGGACAAUUCUGCUACCAUUUGUAAGCAGAGUCUGAAACUUAUUUCUGUUGAGGUUAAGAAAGGUUUCAAAGGUUGACUUCUGUGUAAAAAUAGUCAUGUGCUCUGAAAGUAAUGUUUUGUUCUACUUUGCAGUUUAGAAAGGAAUUCAGGGAUCUUAUUAAAGCUCGUGGCUAUUGGAGAUAUUUAUUUCAUCUAGUGAAGUACGACUUCCCCUGGGAAAGAUUGGAAAAAGAAGUUUCCUUUGAGAGUUUUCUUCAAAGUAGCUGGUACAAUGACAGCCUUAGUGCAACAAAUUUACUCAUGCUAUCAGAUUUUCAGAAUCAAAAGUAAUACUGGAAUACAUUUUAUUCAGAUUACACUGAAUAAGCACGGUAAGACUACAAGACUUUAAAAGAGCUAGUUCUUGAAACAAUUGCAGCAUCCAGUUUGCCUAGACUUGUGUCACAUUAGCUGUCUUAAUGCUAUAUCUCAUAAAAUGACAUAGUGGCUCUUUUGAGAGCUGAAAAUAGUAUUUACAAAGCUGUCAUUCUUUAAAAUGUUUUGGUAGCAGAGGCAAGAGCAAAUUAUGAUGACAGUGUAUUUUUUUUAUUUGAGCAUCCAAGCUGAUUCAGAAGUCUUUGUAAAGAUGCAAGAAAUUACAAGAUAUGCUUGUAUGCCCCAUGGGUCUAGUUUUAAGCAACUGCCAAAUGAUGCCUGCAACAUGUCCUAACCAGAAACUUGGUAUCCAAAGUGGCAGGACUCCAGCAUUCCCUAGCAAAGGCCCCUAUUACAUUACUUCUGAUCCAUGUUCAAUCAGGUUAAGCACACAGCUUACAAAGAAAAUUUUUUUUAAGCUCUUGACUUGAAAACAUACUUUCAAAAUGAAACUGUUAGGUACCUGUUUUCUAGUGACAGAAAGUUGGCAGUGCAUUUGUGCAUUGUGCUAAUGUAAGUUGUCACUGCCUAGGAGACCAGGUUUACAAGCUGGGGUACAGAAACUUUAUGUAUGCUCCUUCUGUAGCAGUUUAUAUGGUGAAGGUCAGCUGCAUUAAUACAUACACUGGGACUGUGGUUACCUUAGAGCAAGGCAGGUCACUGUAGGGAUGCCUCUAAAAAGACUGCAUUCCCUCAAGUAAAUAGUCAGUUCAUCAGCCAGCUUCCAGUCUAAUUAUAUGAAAGGCUUAAAACAGAACAAAACUGCAGACUGUUUUGAAACAAACAUUCAUUAAAAAAAAUGAGGUAAGAAUUCUAGCUCACCUCUAAGAAGUCUUUUUAAGUGCCUGACUUACAUAUCAAGAGAAGCAGCAGCUAAGGGGAUCAUAGAUCUUAAGCUGCACACAUUGUAAGAAAAAUACUGAGUCUCUCAGAAAAGUCAAAUGCUGCAGAUGUGCUACACCUACAACAGAUGGCUGCUGUAGACCAGACACACUAUUGUUGGGCUAUGAGUACGGUUUCGUCUUCCCUUCACCAAUGCUAGUCAUGCCAAGUGUCCUUCAAAUAUGCCUGUUGGCAUUCAUAGUUAUUUGCACAGGCUGUAUUGUUCCAACAAGUCUAAUAUGUAUCUGCACACUAUGAGUACAUUUGGACCUGAUUUCUGCAUGUGUAAAAGAACACGCCAGGCUUCACUCAGAACAUUGGUGGUGUCACAUUCUAAAGCACUUCAGCAUCUUGCUGAAGAUAUCAGCUACUGCAAAGCUACUGCUCAUCCUUGAAAGACAGCUGGAAUGUUACAGAAAUAUUGCAGUUGCAGAUGUGUAUGCUAUUCUGGAGACCUUUCAUAGCCUAUGCAAUGUCACCAGAAGCUGGUUCCAGUGCUCUGGCCUUGCUUAUGGGGGAGAUCAAGCUGUUAGCUUGUCUUAACACAGACAUAAGACAUGCAAAACUUGAAUCUCUUUUCAUGUGACUUGAGACAUUUUCAGGUGAUCAUCUGAACCACAACAUAGAAAAACCCCAGAGGAGAAAAUGACAUGUGUCAAUGGCAUUUAUCUGCCAUCUCUGACAGUAAUUGUGGAAAGCUGCACCUAGCAAAAUAAUUUGUUCUCACCUCAAGUUGUGACUUACCUUUGACAUGUUUUACUUUGUGCUUCUCAGUGUACUUCUAUGUACUCUGAAGAAAUCCAAGUCUUGAAGAGAAUAUAUAAAAUGCCGAGUGACAACUUUUUUCUUUUCUUAUUCUAUGUCCCUCUCUCUCUCUCUCUCUCUCUCUCACACACACACACACACACACAACCUGUUCUCAAAAGAGAAGCAAGCUAGGGCUCUCAUUCAGUUAAAUCAGAGGUCCUGUGAUGACCUCUGAUUUCUGCACAAAUUAACGUGAACAGUUCAGGAAUGGAUACUACUCAUGGCUGAAGGCUAAGGGUUUUAUUACCUGUACAACUGAAAAAGGACUCACUUGGGCUUUUGAUUUUUUCCCCCUCUGUUGAGGUAGCAUGGUCAGUGCUAUAGGGCGAAGCUGCAUGGGGUAUUUCUACAGCCCGUGCUCACAGCAGAAGCAUUGCUAGAUAUGGUGCAUCCUGCUCAAUGAGAAAAAAGGAGAUGCAAGAAAUCAGAGAAGCAUGAACUGCCAAACCUAGAGAACUCUGCCUCCCAACAGGCAGGGGAAGAGCUCCAUUAGCAUUUUGUGAUCAGUUGGGUUUCUUCUCAUAAGAUGAAUAAACUAAAAGGCUCCCUAACAACCUGUUCAGUUCUUUCCCCAGAAACCAACAGGCAGCAUAGAGAACAGUAUUAGCAGCCAUUCUGCAUAGCCACAAAAGAAAAUAUCUGCCGUAAGACUGCAUAAUGAGAUAAUCAUCUGUGACUGUUUGUACUCUAUGAACCUGCAGUGUAGCUACUCAUUCACAGUGCUGGAAGCCUUCAGUGCUGCUACAGAAAUAGCAUGUAUGACUGCUGAACCCAGUGUACUCAUGUUCUGUUUAUACUCCAUGUAAACACUAUUCUAUAGGCUAUAGCUGUAUGAAAAUAUCAUUUCAUUGUCAAAGAACAAUGAGUACAAGCUUGUAAUUAAGAAGUAUCUCUGCUUUUUAUUAAAUUGCAGUAACAACAGCAACAAAAAAAAUCCCUAAAUGAAUCAGAGUUGAAACUGUUAUUUGACUGACAACCAAGGCUCUUUAUCUCCAUCAUGUCUGCAAUAAAAAAUAAAAUUUCUCUCCUCCAUCCUUCUUUACACCAAUAACUUUGUUAAGAAAACUACAUUUAUUUGUAGAAGAAAUAGGUAACGGACAUACUAACAUUCAACUUAUGCUGGCACGUUGCCCACCUCCUCAAUGGAUUUACUAUUCUACAUUUUCCAAGAAAACAUCAUUAUAACUGUCUGUGUGCAUGUUUACAUCUUUCAGCACAAGUCUUCGCAUACAACAUACAGGGAGGUUAACAUAGAGGUGUUUAAACUGAAAUGACAGGCCUCACUUCUUUGAUAUACUCUAUUCUAAAUCAGUUUAAGAUGAAGCAAGAAGACCUAUCUUUGUUUCAAAUGUAAAGAAAACCUAACCUGUAGUACUAUUAAAUAAUCAAAUAAUUACAAUGAAUGAGCAAUUGGGAAAAGGUGGGGGGGAGCAUUCUUUUAUUUGUAAAUAUGCUACAGCUUCUUGGUUGAAAGUAUGGUGUUGCUCUUCCAGCACUGACAUUCUACUACAGAAAGCAAAGGUGAAUUCUUAAAUUUUUAUUACAAUUAGACCCUUUAUUCUAGGGCUGAGUAAGUAAUAUACUGUAUAUUCACCAUAAAUUAAAAGGAAGAAUAAUUCACUAUAUGGUGCUAAAUAUUGAUAUGAAGGUGAUACAGACUUACUUGAGACAAUUUUUAAAAAAGUUGUAUUUGGGGAAUAAUUAAGUACUACCCCACUUUUCUCUAUUGCUAAAAAUCCAACUGUGAAUUGAAUUAUUUUGUUCAGAUUAACAUGAAGCUGCUUAUGAAAAGUUUCUUGUUCUUAAAUAAUCUUGUCAGACUCCAGCUUUACUUAGUAAAACAAAUAUUCUCCCGCUGUCCAAAGUUUAUAUGGUUCUAUCUGCUAUUUCUAUUCUCUUGUUAGCUAUGAGGCAACUAUAAAUCUUAUAAAUCAUACUUACAAAUUUCUAAUGUAAAGGUGUAAGCUUCUGAGUUCACAAAUCAGAUAAAAUGGUAAUUCACAAAUUCUGAGAACUUCAGCCAUAAAAUUGUUAAUAUGAUAUUUAUGUUACUUUAAACAUUUAAUAAAACAGAAUAUUUUAGAA